UCCAUUGCGGACCGCGCUCAGUUACGAGCGGACCUCUGACGGGAGCGGAACUUGGAAAAAGUCCCGCCCAACAGCCAGAACGGAGAUGAUCUUUCCGCGGAUCAGGAAUUUAGUGGCAGCGCUGUGCUGUCUGUUGGUUGUGAGUAGUUUAUUAGUGAGCAAUGUAGACUGUGCAAAAAAGGCUGCCCCAAGUACGGAAGACGCCUCGAUCGAGGAAGUCUCGGCGAAACAGUUGGAACGGAUACUAGAGGAUAAGGAUUACGUCGCGGUGUAUUGGUAUGCCCGCAGUUGUACGACAUGCGACACAGUAUUAGCCGAACUCGAGCACAUUGACGAUGACACCGACUCGUUCGGUGUCGAUUUCGUCAAAAUCAACGAUAAACGACUAGCAAAACAGUAUGGCAUCACGAAAUUCCCCGCCCUCACCUACUUCAGAGAAAAGGAACCCAUCAUCUACGAAGGUGACCUGAUGGAUGAGGCUGGUGUGCUAGACUUCCUCACUUCCCUCGAAGCUAUGGACCUACCCGACCGGAUCGAGGAGGUCAACGCUAAGAUUCUGUCGAAGAUCAUCGAGGACUCCGACUACGUAGCCGUUCUCUUUUGCAUAAAUCAUGAAAACUGUCCACCAGGAAACAACAAUAAGCCGGAAUGCAAGAAAUGCGUCAAGGCUUUGCAGGAGCUCGAAAACAUCGACGAUGAAGCCGACGAGUUGGACAUUGGAUUCGUGAAGAUUCACGAUGAAGACCUGGCUGAAGAAUACAACCUUGGACCUUUGCCGAAACUGGUCUACUACCGGCACAAAACGCCAAUCGUCUACGAACACGAACUUCAACGAGAGGAAGACGUGCUGGAAUGGUUGAUCGAGAACAAAGCCACCGGAGACGAAAAUGACGUCAUCGAAGAAGUCAACGCCAAAACUCUGAAGACAUUGAUUGCCAACAUCGACAAUUUGGUUGUGUUGUUCUACGAUGAAGGAGACGAAGAAUCGGAAAAAAUCAUGCAGGAGUUGGAAAACAUUGAUGACGAUUGCGCCAAGCAUGGCAUUCAAUUUGUCAAGAUCGACGACGCAAAGGUGUCCCAGGAGUACGGUAUCGAAGACAUCCCAGCUAUUGUCUAUUUCGAGAAGGAAAUCCCAAACGUCUACGAUGACGAUCUAAGUGACGAAGAUGAAAUCUUGAAAUGGCUUCUUUCGCAACUGGAGAAGGACGAAAUCGAAGAUGUCACCGACGAGAUGCUGGACAAACUCAUCAAAGAAGGCAAAUCGGUCGCUGUUUUGUUCUACGACAACAACGACAAGAAAUCGGAAAAGAUCCUGAACGAACUGGAGAACAUUGACGACGAGUGCGAUCAGUUGGGCAUCAGCUUCGUCAAAAUGGACAACCUCGAGGAGGCUAAAGAGUAUGGCGUAACCAAGUUCCCCAAGCUUGUCUACUUCGAGCAGGGAAUUCCAACCGUGUUCGAAGGUGACGUAGGAGACGAGGAAGAAGUGCUGGAAUGGCUCGAGCGGCAGACUAACUCGGACGAAAUCGAAGACGUCACCGACGAAAUGUUGGACUUGAUCAUCGACAAAAUGCCACACGUCGCGGUACUGUUCUACGACAAGGACUCCAAAGCUUCCCAAAAGGUGCUAGCUGAGUUGGAGAACAUUGACGACGAGUGCGAUCAGAACGAUAUUGCCUUUGUGAAGAUCGAUGAUGACAAUGAGGCUGCCGAAUGGGGCAUCGACGAACUUCCAACUAUGAUUCUUUUUGAACGCGGCAUUCCACACAUCUACGAAGGAGAUCUGAUGAAAGAAGAUGAGCUGUUGGGCUGGUUGGUGCACCAGAAGAGACACUCGGAAAUUCCAGAAAUUACCGACGAAAUGAAAGACAAACUGAUGCGCACCUACGAUCACGUUGCGAUCAUCUUUUACGACAAAGAUGACAAACAAGACAUUCGCGUUCUGAACGAGCUGGAAAACAUCGACGAUGAACUUGAGAAGGAGGAGAUAGUCAUCGCUCGUCUGGAUAACGCCGAUGAAGCACGUGAGUACGGUCUAGAUCACCUGCCAGCACUGGUGUACUUUGAGAAUGAAAUACCGGCCAUAUACGAGGGUGAUCUGAUGAACGAAGAAGAAGUUCUCGAAUGGCUCAAGCUUCAAAAGUAUUCUGCCACUAUCGAGGAAGUCACGGACGAGAUACUACAAGAUCUUAUCGAGGAUCACGAGUAUGUGUGCGUUUACUUCAGUGGACCAUGCGAGGAGGGCGAGAAAUGCGACAAUAUUUUGGACGACCUGGAAAACAUCGACGACGAGUUGGAUGAGGCCGGUAUCAUCUUCGUUACCACAGAAGAUACACUCACUGCCAAAAAGUACAACAUCAAAGCACUGCCAGCUUUGGUGUUCUUCCGCAACAAGGAUCCGUUGAUCUUCUCCGGCGAUCUCAACGAUGAAGACGAAGUGCUGACAUGGCUAACCGACGAAGAAACACUGGAGAUUCCCGGAAAGAUCGAGGAAGUCAACAUAAAAAUGCUGGAGAAAAUUCUGGCUGAGAACGAUCAUAUCGUGGUAUUCUUCUAUCACGAUGAUGACAAAAAGUCACUGAAAAUCAUUAACGAGCUGGAGAACAUUGAUGACGAGUGCGAAGAGAAAGAUAUUGACUUCGUCAAGACCUCCGACGAUGACAUUGACAAAGAGUACGACUUGGAAUCACUGCCAGCUCUGGUUUUCUAUCGUCACAAAUUCCGUACCAUCUACACGGGCGAUCUGAUGAAGGAGGAAGACAUUCUGGAAUGGGUACUGCAGCAGUACGAAUCGAAACCGGAAGUGAUAGAGUCGGUUGACCGCAAGACCCUGCAGGUGCUUGUCAACGAAGUGGAACACUUGGCCGUACUGUUCUAUGAUGAUGAUUGCGAGACGUGUCCUAAGAUUUUGGAAAAACUAGAAACCAUCGAUGAUGACACGGACAAACACAACAUUCAGUUCGUUAAGGCUAACGAUGAGAAGUUGGCUCACGAGAUCGGCAUUUUCUCGUUCCCAGCAUUGGUCUACUACGAAACGGGUGUCCCGAUUAUGUAUGAUGGUGACCUAAUGAAUGAGUACGACGUAAUAGACUGGAUAGCGGGGCAGAAAACAGACGAAAGCAUUGACGAAGUUGAACGCGAGGAGCUCCUGAAGUACAUUGAAACCAAAGACUUCCUGGCCGUAGUAUUCUAUCUGGAAGAUGACGACGUCAGUCCCAAGGUGCUGCGGCACAUUGAACUCAUAGAUGACGAAGCUGCCGAUUACGGGAUUCUGUUGGUCAAGUGUUCGGAUCGGCUGAUGGCAAAGAAAUUCGGCUUCCGUAAUCCUCCUGGAGUCACGUAUUUCCGCAAGGGUAAAGCAAUCAACUACGAUGGCGAUAUCGACGACGAAGAGGAACUGCUCGAUUGGUUGACGAACCCGCAGAACAUGGAAAUGACAGAUCAUAUCGAAAGGGUUAAUCGCAAAAUGUUCCAUAAAAUACGGCAGGCAUCCGAUUACCUAGCAGUCUUCUUUUACAGUGACGAUUGCAAGCAAUGCCCUCGAGUUUUGGCCGAAAUCGAACACAUUGAUGACGAAGCCGAUGGAGCUGGCAUAAAUUUCGUCAAGAUCGAUGACAAACAAAUGGCUAAAGACCUUGGAGUUUACGCCUUGCCAGGUAUCGUAUUCUUUAAACUUGGUUCGAAGGAUCCGGUUAUCUUUGCUGGGGACUUGAACGACGAAAACGAAAUUCUGAACUGGUUGAUGACACAGAAAAAUCCCGGUGGAGACAUCAUCGAAGACCUGGACGGGUUGAAGCUACUGAAGUUGAUCGAGGAAUCUGACGCGCUGGCAGUUUACUUUUGGAACAGCACGACUUGCGAAAUUUGUAAUUCUAAGCUCGCUCGCAAGCAAAGGAAGGCAAAGGAACGUAAAAGCGUCCUAGUCGAGGUUACAGCUGAGAAAACAGAGGAAGCAACUGGAGAAGAAACACCCAGCGUGGAUACAACGACGCCCGAUUCAACUGAGGACUCCAAUGAUUGCGAGCAAUGCGCAGGAGUACUGGAGUCGCUAGAGAACAUCGAUGAUGAUUGCGAUCGUCACGGUAUUCUAUUUGUCAAAACCGACGACUUCAAGAUUGCUGAGCACUAUGGAAUCUUUGACUAUCCGGUGUUGGUUUACUUUGAAGAUAAUAUUCCAAAUGUGUUCGAAGGUUCUCUGGAUGAGGAAGAAGAAGUACUCCAAUGGCUGAUCACACAGAAGACCGAAGACCGAAUAGAGCUCAUCACAAGAGUUAUGCUGGAAUCCAUGGUAGAGGAAACCCAGUACCUUGCUGUUUACUUCUAUAAAAACAAAUCACCCUCCUAUUGCCGAAGUUUUUGUUCAGCUGAAAACAUUCGUAAGCGACAGCAAAUGACUAGGGUGGGCCUGUCAGAUAAGAUUAACUGCAACAUCUGUGACCAGAUCCUCGAGGGGCUGGAAGUGAUCGAUGACGAACUGGACGUUUUCGGUAUCCAUAUGGUCAAGAUUCAAGACCCACAGCUGGCGAAACGAUACUCGAUCAAAACCUUCCCAGCGUUGGUGUACUUUAGAAACGGUAAUCCGCUGAUCUACGAAGGUGAUCUGCAAAGUGAGCAAUCCGUACUGGAAUGGCUGAUCGACGAUGAGAACCGCGAACUGGCCGAUGAAAUUGAAGAAGUAAACGAACGCAUGUUGGACCGACUAAUGGAACAGUCACCUCUGCUCUGUGUAUUCUACUAUGAUGAGGACUGCCAAGAGUGUGAAGAUAUACUUGAGGAGCUGGAGCUUAUCGACGGCGAAGUUGAUUUGUACGGCAUCGAUUUUGUGAAAGUUGCUAGUCUUGACGCGGCACACAAGUACGGAGUAACUACAAUUCCGUCGAUGGUUUAUUACAGAAAACAAAUUCCUAUGUUGUACGACGGAGAUCUACAUGAUCAUGCACGCGUAAUGAACUGGUUAACGUCGCAAGACGUGUUCGAAAUUAAAAACGAAAUCGAGGAAGUCAACAGAAAAAUGUUGAACAAAUUGUUGGAUGAAAAUGACUUCCUAGCCAUCUAUUUCUACGAAGAAGACCACGCGGAGAGUGAAGCCGUACUGGAAAAACUCGAACUUAUCGACAGUGAAACCGACAACCUGGAUAUCACAUUCGUCAAAAUGGGUGAUCCGCGAUACGCCCGCAAGUGGGGCGUCACGAAACUACCGGCCAUCGUGUACUUCCGGAAACGAUUCCCCAGCAUUUUCCGGGGUGACCUGUACGACGAACAGGACGUACUGGAUUGGUUGCGAAAGAACCGUUUCCGGCAGCCGGAACUGAACGUGCUGAUGUACGGAUGCAUUGCGACCGCACUGGGAUUCGUUAUCUACACUGCAUUUUUGCUGCAGUGCUUCAAGCCAGCACCUCCGGCACCAGUGCAGCACCCCAAGCAGAACUAGGGAUUCCCGUAGGUUCCCGUAGCUAAUCCCCAUCCUCCUCCAGUGUCACACGGUCCUAUGACAGGCUGAGCUGUCGCAAGACAUUUUUCAAUAUUUUAUAAUAUAGAUACAAAACAAAAAACCAUUUUGAAGAACUUGUCAUAGAAAAAAAAUGUUAAAAUGGAAUAAAUGUUUUUAUUUUUUUCAAUAGAGUCUUUCGACGAGAAUACUUUUCAUUACAAACAAUAGCACUCGACAAUCAUGCGACGAUCCGUUCAAAUUCAUAGCAAAUCAUUUGUCGUUAGUAUUUGAAUAGAGAGAACGUUUAGUAGAAAUUCUCAUUGUAUAGAUAAAAGUCUAAACGCGAAACUUGUUGAAAUUUAAACCAUGCAUUUUUUAAGUAAACGUACUGUACUGAUAAAGAAAGAGAUGCGAAACUUUAAUAUUAAGUCAAUGAUAACUAUGUUGAACUUGCCGGAAAAGACCGUACCGCACUAGUUAGAGCCGUAUCGUAACAUAAAACGAUCAAAUCGAAAUAAAUAGAACUAAACAGACGAGCGAUGGGAAACCAAACAGAACCGACUCCUGUUAUUUUAUCUCCAUUUCGACGAGAGCAAGUACCUCCCAAUGCGUCCAGUUCCCUAGCAGUCCAUCAAUAACCAAUACCUCACCAAAUCAAUCGGUUUUCGGAUUACCUUCUAAAAUUUCUAAAAGCAAUGGAAUCCACUAGUUUGCAUCACAUCAGUACCGCUCACAUCGUUCACAUUCACAUUUGGUAGUUUUUGAUCUAUAGAUUAAUCGUUCCCCCCGAGGCAAUGCACUGUAAAUAUGAAAAUAUACUCUGUAAAAAAUCAUUAUAAGUUUGUUAAGUUAUUAUUAUUUGUUCUGACAGUGAAACUAUGAAAAUAAAAUUCUCUGUUGAUCUCGCGAUGCGCAGUUGGCGUUUAGCGAUUCCAUGCAAAUUCGGCGGCGAAAACAAAUCAACGCGUUGUUUCCAUUAAAUAUCCAACAAAAACAGUAUGUGCGUUACAUAAAUUUAAACUUAUCUGAACGAAAUAUAUUUAAAUUUCAAUUUAUGUGAA